ACAAUAUCCAAUGAUUUUUAGAUUUUAGUUUUGUUUUCUGUGAUAUGUAAAUUGCAAAGACAGGUGAUGCACAAGCACUGCCUAAGUCUGGUAAUGGACAAUGGGAAAGCCACAAAGCUACAAGAGAGAGAAAUGGUCCACUUUGGCAUGACAGCCACAGGCUGGCUAAGAUAAGGUUAGUAUCCCAACCUAGCUUUCCAAAUAUCAACUGCCACCACACUCGUAUCCAAAACCAUUGAUAUAUAUGAGAUAGAGAAGGAAUGGGCAAAGAGAGCACAAAAUUGUUCUGAAAAAUGGCAGCCAAAGUGCCUCUCUCUUCUCCUCUCAGCACCCAGAUUCCUGUCUUGCCCAGGUUUUCAUCAUCAGCGUCGGCUUUCUCUUGGGCUCUCUGUUCACUAAAACCAAGGGUCCUUAAUUUCAAAGUUCAUGCAAACUUGGGGGAAGGGGAAGGAGAAGGAGAAGGAGAACUCAAGCCGAAAGGAAAGAGGAAAUUUAUAACAAGAGAAGAAGAACCACAACAGUAUUGGCAAUUUGCAGGAGAAAGGGAAGGAGAGAAUCCCAUGAUGACCCCUCUUCCUUACAUUAUCCUAUUUGGCAUGUCAACACCCUUUGUAAUCUUAGCCAUUGGUUUUGCUAAUGGCUGGAUUAAGGUACCUGUUCGAUGAACUUUGGCCUUUGCAAAUGCAGUGAGAAUGACAGACAGGAUCUUAAGUGUUGAUUCAUCCGAUAAGCAUCUUUAAUUCAGGGUUCUCGGCUUUCUAGUGUAAGCAUAUGUUGUCAACACACUUUUUUUGAGUAUUUAUACUGUUAGUUUCUGAAGAAAACAUAGGAUGGAAUACCAAUGGGACAUCUCUACCUACAUUGCGAAACCAAAGCAUUUCCUCCAAAUUUAAGUAAAUUCUGGGUACUGUUUUGAAUCAGUUUUAAGAAAAUAAUUUUGUUCUAUCAUUGGUUGCAUUUCUAUUUCGAAGGACCCCAGGUUGAAAUUCA